CGUGAAGGCUUCUUAAACAGCCAUUGGGCAGCUGUCCCAGUAGGGGACCGUCAGAACAGCACUGGGCAUCGGGACGGAACCAUCAAAACCCGACAACGCAAUAUAUAGCCCGUCAGACGUUCAGAAGGAGACACCGUGGAGGAAAAUUAUUAUCACUUUGCAAAGGGAAUAACAACUAUUUCAUCAAGAACUUUGAACGAGUAUUGACUUCUGGAUUAACGCGUCAUAUCAAAAACAAUUUGGUCGUUUCUUCGGACUGGUUAUGACAUGUUUGAUGACAAGCCACUCUACGUAUUUAGGGAUGUCGGCGUCAACAUGAAGCAAGGAAAGGAAAAUAAUCUUGGUGUGCAUUCGAUGUGCUACAAUGGAACCAACUUCUUCCACGGGUUCAGCGCCACAACCAUAGACUUUAAUCAGCAGACGACAGUGAAGCACGUCAUUUUCUUUCCGUGUGAGCAGUUGCUUGUGACAAACACAUCAGAUCCGGACAACUGGACGGCAGUCUCCGCAACAAAUCCUGAGCGUUAUGGUGUUAUAUCAAGGAGAUUACUGCGUAUGACAGAGCUGCGUCAGGAGCCUUGGUUCUACCCAGAACUGUCGCAAGCCACAGCUAUCUCACUACUCAGGCGACAGGGACCUGGAAGCUUCUUAGUGAGGACCCACAAGAAGAAACAUUUGAUUUCGUUCAUGACCGAACGUAACGUUCAUCAUACAUGGAUACACCAGAGCGAGAGUGGUCGCUACUACAUCAAUAACCGAAGACGGUUCAGCACAGUUCAAGAACUCCUGGACUAUAGCAAGCGAAAUGAAGUGAAUGGUAUGAAACUUGACAAGUUCCCUUCUCAUCGCAAUUUAGAAGAACACUGGAAAAUGGACCUGACCAAAGUCGAUAUGACAGCCCAUCGUGACGUCGCAAGUCCCUUCCCUUGGCACAUCCGGAUGGGCAAGAACACAGAUGAUCAGAAUGUGACUCUGAUGUAUCUAAAGAAGAAUGCAACGAAAGAGGAUGAAUUCUGGCUGAGGAGGCAGGCAAAGUUGCUCAUGUGCCUCCAGCAUGAGAACAUCGUCCAGCUCCUCGGAGUUGGUGACAGUUCAAGGCGGUACACAGUAAUGCUGCAGACCGGUGGCAGUGAAAACCUGAUGAGUUAUCUCCAGAGCACUCCGACUGACAUAUUGCUUCAGCGGCCUUACGAACUCCUCAACAUCGCAAAGCAAAUCUGCACCGCCAUGGCUCAUUUGGAAAAGAGAGGCAUUGUCCAUAAUGAACUGAUGGUCGACAACUGUUGGUUAGACCGGGCGUCAAUGACCGUAAAGCUCGGAGGAUUCCAUUUAGCAAGAUUCGAGGAAGACCUUCAAGAGAUUCCAACCUGUUACACCAGCAAGGUUUUGAUCAACCCACCAGAAAUCGUUGACGGACAGACAGCCAGCAGCAUGUCGGACGUCUGGGCAUACGGUAUACUACUGUGGGUGCUCUUUACUGGGGGACGACAUCUGCACAGCGGAGUCAAACUGUCAAAGAUUGUGAAUUACAAAUGGAGAGAAGACCUACCCCAUCCAGUCAAAGAUAUUGUGGACCAGAUGAUGAACGCAUGUCUCUACCAGAUUCCUCAGAUCAGACCAACCUUCUGUGAUAUACUCCGCCAGCUGAAGACAUGGCCUCUCGGAAACGACAAAGGAGGAGGGAGCGUACCACACAGAGGCUUCGACCUGUUCGAACUUGAGACCUACGAGCAGCGAUUUUCAGACACUACCCCCGCAUUCUCCGUGACGCCAACAUCUUCGAUCAACUGCAAAGCACAGCGGCCCGACCCUUACGACACUGAGUCAAGCUCCGUCUUCGAGGAAAACGUCGACUUUGCUUUCCAAGAGAAAUACACCCUCCAAGCUUUGGAGAGGAGGAAUUCAAUGCAGUCGACCCGUUCGUGUGUUUCGCCCGAUCAUGACAGCCUCGAUUUGAAUUCACCGAAAGCAGACGACAGCUUCCCGGAACUGUUCGAACAGCCACGAAAACAUUUCGAUGAAAGUCUGGCAGUGAAUAUUGACGAAUCGGAACACGGUGAAGACACGCGGGAGUCGUCGGAAUACUUCGAGUUCGAGACACCACAGUCUAGUUCGCGGUCUCUCAAGCACGGUCAAUGCCUGUCGUCCGACAGUGGUGUAUCUCUGCACCAUAUGCCUCGCGUCGACCCAGUUGUGAAACAGGAAGCCAACAAAUUCUUCAACGCUGCUAAGAAAUACAGACAUUUGUACAAACAGGAGAAAACAGAGAAGGAAGAACUGGAACAAAAGGUUCGCGAGUUCGAGUUCAGUUGCAAGGAUAAAUUGGACGUUAUGAUCGUGAAGCUAAGUGAUAGGAUAAAAGAACUGGAGCUACAGUUCGAUAAUUCUCAGGUCGAAUGUAAGAAACUUAGGGAACGAAAUAAGAUGCUGGCGCGGUCGUUCUGUGACCAGUGUAAGCAGCGAAUGCACUCUGGUUCGCGCGACGAUUCUUGGGAUUUCAGUCCACGGAAGCCUGAGUGUGAUAAAGUGAUUCAGACAGACGUUUCGUAUAGCGACGAUAGCUUUGUGUUGGACGUGCUGAUACCAGAUGACGGGGCGUCUCCCGCGUUCCACCCGGCUAUGCGCAACAAGAAAACAAACUGUAAACUCAUAGAGGACACUUUCAGUGACGAUAGUUUCGUCAUCAGUGCGCUUAUGUCCGAGGAAGAGAUUUCGCCAAUGACAUUGCGCUCGCGUCCGCUAAAACAUUGUCUUCCGACCGGUCGCAUCUCCUCAGGACUCAAAACGAACAUUGCAGACGUCUUCAAGAAUGAAAGCCAGCGGAAACCUCUGGAUCCGAAAGACUUCAAUGACACUGUUACCAGCAAUGAGAGUUUUGUGAUUGAUGUUCAUAUUCCUGGCGAGGAGGUGGAUGUGCCAUUGGCGUCCUCUCCAAUUCAUCCUAAGACAGUGCGGACUGUGAAGCGGGGUAUUAGCUUACCGAACGGUCACAAGAUAUCUAUGACCAAUCCGAGUGGUACUCUGAAAGGAAGCUGUGUCGGUACAGUUGAUAGAGUUUCCGCCCAAAUCAAAAUGAACACGGUGAAAGAACAAGACAGUGAAAACCCUGGGGUUGUAUGUGAUAAUGUAUCUGUUAAAGCGGCAGUUACUGUGAAUGGUAAGAGAGCAGGAGUUGCACUGAAUGUGACCAAUGGCGUCAGAGAAGACAAGCAGACGGCAGAUCCAAUCAAACAGGCCAUCCGGGACAUGGAGAAGGAAAACGAGGCUCACAAACUGAAACUGAAACAACUUGAAAUAGAGUCGAGAAAACGAUCACGGAGUUUGUCUAAUGAGAAAUUAGCGGCCUCUGAAGUGAAGUCAAGGAAACACCUCGAAGACCUAGAUGACCUAACUGUGCAUAUGUCCAAAACUUAUAAACAAGACAAGCCUGCAAACCAAACAAGUGCUAAUGUUUCCUCAGAAUCGGUAAAAAGCUCAAAUUCUAACUCAUCUCGUCCCGUCCCCAACUUUAGUUUCCAAAGCAGCUCUGAUCAAAACAGUGGACACUUCCACAGCACGGUCAGUGAUGACGUGUACCUUUCCGAGUCGGAGGGCGAGGAUGAUUCGGAAAAUGUCGGAAACCAGUCGGUACUUUCCGGUGUAUUUCCGAUCGAGGAAUUGAUCAGUGAACAUUGCAAAAAGGAAGCUCAGCAGAAAUCGAAAGUUGCCAUCCAAGAAACUGGUCAGUUAGCAUCAGUUGAUCUGGAUGACGGAAGAAGAGAUUCAGACGGCAGCGAUACAAGUAGCGAGGACAAUUUCCGAGCUGCGCAAAAGCUCGUUGAAGACAAUUUAAAACAUAAAUACCUCAGUAAUAAAACUCAUAUCUCAACGUUUGUACCAAAUGGUAACCAUGGUUACAACAAGGUCACAUUAUUAUAAGUUGCAGCUACACAAAUACGUUCAUGGUGCUGAAAGGGUCAAACCUUGUAAAUAUACCUCACUACAU